AUGGGUGACGAGGAGGUCCAGGGCUUAGAGUGGACGGAACGGGCGCAGCGGUGUGCGGGGUCGCAAGUAGAAGCCGGCAGUGGCUUGCUGAAGCGUUGCUCCAAGGUGGCCGCGUUGGUGGUGGACAAUGGCAGCGGCAUGUGCAAGGCCGGCUUUGCCGGGGACGACGCCCCCCGCGCCGUCUUCCCGUCCAUCGUCGGCCGCCCCAAGAUGCCAGGCAUCAUGGUGGGCAUGGACCAGAAGGAUCGCUUCUUGGGGAUUUUUGGCUGGUGCGUAGACUCCUACGUGGGCGACGAGGCCCAGUCCAAGCGAGGUGUCCUCACCCUGAAGUACCCCAUCGAGCAUGGCAUCGUCACCAACUGGGACGACAUGGAGAAGAUCUGGCACCACACCUUCUACAACGAGCUGCGCGUCGCCCCGGAGGAGCACCCGGUGCUGCUGACGGAGGCGCCGCUGAACCCGAAGGCCAACCGCGAGCGCAUGACGCAGAUCAUGUUCGAGACCUUCAACGUGCCUGCCAUGUACGUGGCCAUCCAGGCCGUGCUCUCCUUGUACGCCUCCGGCCGCACCACGGGCAUCGUCAUGGACAGCGGCGACGGCGUGUCGCACACGGUGCCGAUCUACGAAGGCUACGCGUUGCCCCACGCCAUCCUCCGCUUGGACCUGGCCGGCCGUGACCUCACGGAGUACAUGAUGAAGAUCCUGACCGAGCGAGGCUAUUCCUUCACCACCACGGCAGAGCGUGAGAUUGUCCGGGACGUCAAGGAGAAGCUGUGCUACAUUGCGCUGGACUUCGACAGCGAGAUGAAGGCGGCCAGUGAGAGCAGCGACAAGGAGAAGACGUACGAGCUGCCCGACGGCAACAUCAUCACCGUGGGCGCCGAGCGCUUCCGCUGCCCGGAGGCCGGGCAAGGCUGUGUGAACCUGGUCCUGUUCCAGCCCAGCUUUGUGGGCAAGGAGGCCAGCGGCAUCCACGACACGACCUUCCAGUCCAUCAUGAAGUGCGACGUGGACAUCCGCAAGGACCUCUACUCCAACGUCGUGCUGUCUGGCGGCACCACCAUGUUCCAGGGCAUCGGCGAGCGCAUGACCAAGGAGCUGACGGCCCUAGCGCCCUCCACCAUGAAGAUCAAGGUGGUGGCCCCCCCGGAGCGUAAGUACAGCGUGUGGAUUGGAGGCUCCAUCCUGUCCUCCCUGAGCACCUUCCAGCAGAUGUGGAUCUCCAAGGGCGAGUACGACGAGAGCGGCCCGACCAUCGUGCACCGCAAGUGCUUCUGA